CACUUCUCCCUUUUAAAUCACUCACCCUUAUCCUUUUUUUAAUUCCCUCUUCUUCAAAGUUUCCACCUUUACCAACUUUUCAAUAAUCCAGUGGGUCAAAACCCCCUCAUUCUUCGCCCUUUGUUCUGUUUUUCUUGGUUUCUGGUUCUUCGAUCAAUCCUGUACAAGAAAGCUUUUCUGGGUAUUUUUUAGAUUUUGGUUUUGGGUAACUAUGGCUUCUGCUGCUGUUGGAAUGAUUGGAAGCAAUGGCUGUGCUGGUUCUUCUUCAUCUUCUUGGUUUCAGAUCAAGAACAGGAGAAAGAAGAACAUCAAUAUGGGGAAAAACAGAGUCAGAUUUCUCUGUGUUUCUUCUUCAUCUUCUGUGAUGGAUCCUUACAAAACACUUAGGAUCCAGCCUGGUGCUUCUGAAUCCGAGGUCAGGAAGGCCUUCAGACAGCUUGCUUUGCAGUAUCAUCCUGAUGUAUGCAGAGAAAGCAAUUCCAGUGUGAAGUUCACUAUGAUUAAUGAAGCCUAUGAUAUUGUGAUGAGUAGUUUGAGAGGAGAAGCAGAUGAAUCACAAAUGUCCUCAUCAUCAUAUGAGCCGUACGAUGAAGAUGAGCCUAUGAGAGGAAUGAACGACCCAGAUUGGGACAUGUGGGAAGAGUGGAUGGGAUGGGAAGGAGCUGGAAUCAGAGACUACACAUCCCACAUUAAUCCUUACAUUUGAGACAAAAAGAAAAAUUGUAAAUAAUAAUAAUAAAAAUAAUUAAUGUAAAUUACGAAUUAAAUCCAAUCAAUCCAACCCACAUCCAUGCUUUUAUAUGUAUGAGCAACCUUAAUUUAAAAAAAAAAAAAUUUAAGGUUGUGUUGCAUAAUGAAUGUGGGAUUAUGAGGUUGUUUUCUGUACGUCUCUUUUUUAUUUUAUAAAUAUAUUUAUGUGUGCUCUUGGAAAUUAGCACCAAAAUAAUUAAUUUU